CCGUAUUGAAAUUUCGAGCGGUGCGGACAGAUGGAGGUUCCGCGAACGUAACUAUUGAUAGGCACGCGCAAAUCGACCGUCAAGAAGUGCCGGUGCCGGUAAAACACGCGAAACAGUCGCGUACAGUCUUCGUCACGAGUGGAUCGUCGACGAGCCACGGCGACAAGUAAACCGGACCUGUUCGCGAACCUCGGGGCAAUUCUUCCGGACCAGUAGACAACCGUUUGACAGUCGGGAAGACAGACGAGCAUAAAAUCCAUUUUUCUCGCCAGACAUCGGUCAACGACAACACAGAAAAAUGUCCACAGCACUGUUGGCGGUGUUCGCGGUGAUCCUGUGCAUCCUGUUCAGAAUACUGAACGUAAACAGUUCGCCGCAACGGCCGUUGAUUCUCUGCAAGGACCAGACGUUCCUUACGACGAUCCUGAAGAUCGCGCCGGUCAUCGCAGAACCAUACAAACCAACGAGAUUAUGGGGUUUCAGCGGCCACGUGCAGACCAUAGUCCACAGUAUAAUCGGACGUGUCCGUUGUCCUUGGCCGAUUGGCGGACGAGUUUACAUCGGCCUUCCGGACGACACCACCCUCACCUACGAUCUUUAUCAGCCGUUGACCAAUGACUACGAAGAUGAUGUUACCAUCGCCAUUUGUCCUGGUAUCUGCAACAGCUCCGAGAGCGUCUAUAUCAGAACGUUUGUGCACUUUGUCCAGUGCCAUGGGUAUCGAUGUGCAGUACUUAAUCAUGUCGGGGUCCUCUCCAGCGUAAAGGUCACCGCGCCACGAAUUUUUUCGUACGGCCAUACGGAGGACUAUCACGUGAUGCUGCAGAGCCUGAUAGAGAAGCACCCAAACACGAAGAUCGUGUGCAUCGGGUUCAGCUUAGGUGGCAACCUGGUGACCAAGUACCUGGGUGAACGGGGAUCGAACAAGUUGUCGAACAUAAUCGGUGGUAUAUCGAUUUGUCAGGGAUACAACGCCCUCGAAGGUACGAAGUUCCUACUUAACUGGCAAAACUUCCGACGCUUUUACCUCUACAUAAUGUCGGAGUCCGUGAAAAGUAUUAUCCUUAAGCAUAAGCACGUACUGCUAUCCGAGGAAGUUAAGCAGAAGUACAACUUGAACGAACGCGACAUCAUUUCCGCGGCGACGCUGCCGGAACUGGACGAAGCGUACACGAGAAAGGUGCACAAUUUCAGAUCGGUGUCGGAAAUGUACAAAUGGAGUAGCUCUAUUUUUUACCUCGACAACAUAACAACACCCAUGGUGUUCAUCAACGCGUUGGACGACCCCAUUGUACCUGACAAAUUGCUGGAACCCAUGAAGGAACACGCCAAAAACCACUCCAACACGAUAUACAUAGAACUGGCACAUGGCGGGCAUCUUGGCUUUUACGAGGGUGGCUUGCUGUAUCCGAACCCCAUAACAUGGCUGGACCGUACUUUGGUGUCUCUGGUAGGGUCGCUGACACUGGCCCACGCAGACAUGUCAUUGAAAGCCUCUUAACCGUAUUCAUUGUCAUUGUCACGCUCACACCUUGUAAGUAAGUCAUUUAACCGCCGACUGGCGCCGCUCAUAAUCGACGACCUAAACGCGACCAUAACUCGCGUGCUCGAUUCCGCUUGAAACCCCCCGGAACGACGGUCCUGUGUACGCGAAACGAUCGAGUUGGAUCGUUACACCGCUGGCUCGGAUCUAGAGCCGAGAAGUGAUUUUUUUGUGAUCGCAUCACGAUGCGACGACAGGUUGUUCAGGUUUGAGAGGAAAGGUGUACAUCUAUUUCCGAUAAUCGUUUUCGGGCUUCGGCCGGAAGUGAACGCCGCGUACACCCGGAAAACAUCAAAACGGUGGCACAACGAUUUAGAUAGUAAUUUGUUUCUCCUCAAUGUCCUACGCAUUGACGCUUUUUUACUCAGGGAUCAUGGAUAGGCGGAUUUGAUAAGAAAACGUUUAAAAAGGAAACCGUAACGAUAAAAACGCAGUCACAAAGUACACGCUUCGAAACAGAAGAAACAUUCAUUUAAAUUGGUUCGAACGACCUGAUGACUCUUGAGAAUAUUGCUUUCCCUUUGGUAAUUGCAAUUUAGUCGGUAUUUAUUCAGUUUUCAUCGAAGGUACAGAUGAAGAAGAAGAUCUCUUUACGCGCACUGUCUAUGGUUGUUAGAAAAUUAGAAAAGUAUUCGAAUACUUUUUCAUAUAUUGGAUAACGAAGAUCGUUGUCGAAUCUUUUUUCAUUCUGCAUCUGAUAAAAAGACAAACAUGUUUAUAUUUUAUAUCAAUAUUUUCUUAACGUACAAAUUUGCCAUAUCGAUUUACAAGCAAUUAUAAAUAAUAAACUCGAAACGAUUCAUUGAUCUACAAAUAUAAUUGUAAAGACUGUUGAACAAUUUAUUUAUAGGACUGCCAAUAAAUAAUAUCAUGUAUCCUGGCGAUUUGAAGCAUUAAUAGUGUUCACCAAUUUAAAAAAUCAAAGGCCAAAUUUUUCGACAAACCGUGUGCACCUUUUUCGAACAAGUUUCUCGAAAAUUAUUAAAAGAUUGUCAUUUAUUCGUCACGAUUGUGCUGGCCAUGCGUAGUCAAAAGGUCGAUUAAUUACGAAGCACCAACAACGACUAAUUUAUACUGCCUUUGAAAAAGUACACAAGACGAUGUCAUUUUACAAAACAGAUCAAAAUAAACCUCGAUUAUCCGAACUAAUCGAAGCAACACGAGCGUUCAGAUAAUGGAAUAAUCGCAAACUCACGCUGCAAAACUCGAUCUUUGCUGACUAGCAUAGUAAAGAGUGUUGUACGCGGUAAGUUUCAGAUUGAUCCAUUUGGUCCUACGGCAAUUAGGAAAACAGAGCAUCUGAAGUCUCCGAUUUGUAUGAAAAAUCUUAUCAUUUUCUUCUCGAUUCCAAUCGAAAGCAAUGUUCUCAAAAAAUGAUUCGGCAGCUUGGCUGGUAAACCAAUUGUUUCAGCGCCCCGAGAUAAUCUGAGAUCGUUCGAAUCAAUUCGAAGAGCAUCGAUUCCAUUUUCAAGCGUGUACUGACCGACACAGUAGUCUCGACCGUGUUAAUGGCGGACGAAGGAACCCCCGUAGACUUUUGGUACUCGCGUGCGAUUAGAAAAAUUUUUUAUGAACGACCACUAGGACCUUACUUACGCAAUUUGAUACAUUAGUCGAGUAUACAUAUUAUAUUUUUUAAUCGCGGCGACGCUCCGCGCGAACGUGUUAAUGCGAGCACAGUCGGUGAAGAACGAAUCGCGAGACGGAAAGAAUCGGGAUUCGAUCGCGGACAAAAGCUUGUGUUUACAUAUCCUGUGUUCGACGAUACGGGCUAAACGCGUCGCGUAGUAUGGUACUUAGCGUGUGUCGCGACCUUGAGCUUCGUUAACACGGGAACCAACAUGAAGAGUAUAUUUUUUCUAUGGACGAAAUUAGCGAGCGGUCCGAUUUAAUUAGCUCCUCGCGUUCUUCUCAUUUCCCUGUUAACGAGGCCUCUCUCCGCUCGUCGAGCGCGACGGGAAAACGCGAAAUGAAAAACGUUUCUUUUUCCUUUUAUCGAACGUCGACGUUUCGUUUCUGUGAUCGAUUAAAUUUGAACCGCGUUCAGGCGAGCUCGAGGAGCGAUUCGAUUCUCGCGCGUAGACGCGCGACGAUGGAAGACCGUUGUAACGAUUGGAAAACAAAAACUAUGAUUGUAUAUCCGUAGCUGUCUGUAAUCGUUUGUUACUAUAUACGUUCAUCUCCAUAAAACGACAUGAGACAAUAAAUAUCAUAAACACACAGACGUAACACGAUCGCGAGAUCCACAACCGGAGCAUAUUGACUACUUAAGUACGUUUAAGGAUCAUUUCUAAAUCGACAUUAUUUAUUCUAGUAGUAUUACUUCGAUGGGUGCAGUUAUUAAUUGUUAAGUGUCUAAUAGUGGUACUUUUAUUAUAAAUAUAUAAAUAUUUUUUCAAGCUGUCAGUGUAUAUGUAUAUUGGUACCAAUGAAAUCGCGACGAACUUUGUAUACGCGCCACGGUGAGCCCGGUGUUCGACGUAUACUUAGGCCGAUCAGAGUGGCAGAAGCAAACUAGACUUGUCGGGGAUCAUCGGCGAUGGUUGCUCGAUGAUUCGCUGACGUGCGAUGAAUUUAGGAACAUUUUUUUACGAUUCACUUGACACGUUGUCGGCGUUUUCAAGAAAAUAUCUGCUCGAGACGUAUCUCCAGCGAUCUAGGCUCUAUCAGAACAUUCCCCGGGUUUUUGUUUUUAACUGCACAAUGCGCACUCGUCUGCGGUUCGAUGCAAUUAUUACACUGCACAAAAAAAGUGUAUACCGUUGUCGCACUGUUCAGUCAUUGCCUGUUCUCAGAAUCGCAGACGUCGCUUGCCGAGUUGUUCAAUUUUCGAGACGCUCAAACGGUUGACGCUUUAUUUAUUGACAGUGACUAUAGCGAAUGUGUUGCAAAAAGCUUAACAAUGAGAAUUUAACGAGCCGAUGUUGUACCACGUUUUGGUAGAACGGAUUCCGUUCGGAAUCGUAAAUAUAAUUGUUAGAACAAUUAUUCGUGCUUGCGAAACCGAACGGACGAUGUUUAAAAAUUAUAUAUAGACAUUUAUGUAGCACAAAUUUUGGAGCCUGCGAAAGAAUAGGCAUGGUUCUUGUACGAUUUACAUUUCCCUUGCAUACGCUUGAACUUGCCGCCUAAUUUUUCUUUUUGUAUUAGAAUGCCGAUCGAGAUAAUUUCUCGAUUAGUAUUAUACCUCGUGGAAAAAAACAUCCUCGAUUAAUUUGUCUUUGAUCUUCGAGGACUGCCGGUAGAUAAGAUGUUACUGCGCGUUAAACGUGUUCCGUGAAGAUCCGAAUUAAUGGAAUUCGUCGGGAAUAGAGAGUCCCGACGAAGGACAUUAUACUGGAAUGAUUUGGUAGAGUGUAGGUUGAUCGAAUGAUCGAGCGAUCGAAAAACCACGUUUACAUGUACUUCGUACGGCGGAACGGCCCGCCACGAUUGUGUAAACAGAAGGUGCUUGUAUCAGUGAAGUGCCUUAGAUUUAGUACUGCCAGAACAGGGAUCAAGAUUUCCGGAAUCGAUCUCGAUCGGGCUCGGAAAUCGAGGACUUGUCUGUACGCAACAGUUUCCUCUAUGGCAAACCGAGUUUAAAGGAUUUCGAUCGGGGGAGGUGUUUUCUAAUUGAGUCGAUGUUUUCGGAUCAGUGUUCCCAAUUUGGACACGCGCUGUUCAUGUGUCCGACCCGCGCAGCGAAAGCGAGACUCGUUUCCGAUAAUUUAUUAACGUUGUUACAGGCGUUUCCUUUUAUAUUCUAUCCGGCGAAUUGGUGUUGUUUGUUACAAAAUCCGAGCGAUUGCGUUUACUUUUUUUGUAACAAACCGUUCUUUUUUGUCAGCACUGGAAAUAAACAGUUUUCUUUUCUUGCAAUACGAUUGUACACGCCUGUUUGUUCUGUUUGAUGUACUUUAUUUUCAAUAAUAUAUAUAUUUAUUGAAAGUAA